AUGGAGGAUAAGAAGACCAAGCUUAAAAUCGCAGUGACGUUAAUUUCUCUCGCAGCGGCGGCAGUUACGAUAGCCUUCACGGCGGCGCAUUACCGGAGGCGGCGGAAGGCUAGAAGUUCGUGCUACUUGCACGCUGAAGGAAAGCCUCAGUUCUCUUUCAGGAGAGUGUUGGCUGACAAUUCGUUCUCUCACUUCAAGCACUUGAAGCGCAGUAGUGCGUCGAGCAACGAAGAGAAUGGUUCCAAUUUGCAUCCUUAUGAACAAGAGAUUAAGGCUUUGUUGGAGAAACCACCAGUUGACUUCAAAUUGGAUAGCACUGGUUGGAAUAGCAAAGUCAGCAGUUCAUAUGUUUGGGUUGAGACUGAAUCUCAGUUGAAGGAGCUAGCAGAUUUGCUGAGCAACGAGAGAGCUUUCGGCGUUGACACGGAACAGCAUAGCCUACGGUCUUUUCUUGGCUUCACUGCUCUGAUUCAGAUAUCUACUCGAACUGAAGAUUAUUUAUUGGACACAAUUGCAUUACAUGAUGCAAUGGCAGUUCUAAGGCCGGUUUUUGCUGAUCCAAAUAUAUGCAAGGUAUUCCAUGGAGCAGACAAUGAUGUGCUCUGGCUACAAAGAGACUUCCACAUAUACAUUGUUAAUUUGUUUGAUACUGCAAAAGCUUGUGAGGUGUUGUCAAAACCACAAAAAUCACUAGCAUACUUACUUGAAACCUAUUGUGGCGUAUACACAAACAAAUUGCUACAGCGAGAAGACUGGAGACAACGUCCCUUAUCGGCAGAGAUGUUAGAAUAUGCUCAGACAGAUGCACACUAUCUAUUAUAUAUUGCACGUUGUUUAAUUGAGGAACUGAGACAACAUGAUAUAGAUAACUCAACUUCUUUAGAUGAAAAACCGCAUUAUGUUGUUGAGGCAACUCGUCGUUCAAACAUGAUAUGUAUGCAAGUAUACACAAAAGAGAUUGAUCUUUAUCCGGGCGAGGCUGCUGCAUCAUCAAUUCUUUCCCGUCAUUUCGAUGUUCAUGAAGGUUCAUCAACUUCAAGUGAGAAACAGGAUCUCGUAAGACGUCUGUGCACUUGGAGAGAACUGAUGGCUCGGGUGCAUGAUGAGAGCUUAAGAUAUGUAUUACCAGACCAAGCUGUUGUGUCUCUGGCAGAAAAUGUUCCUACGAAUCUGACCGAACUCUCUCAGCUUAUUGCUCAUGUUGAUCAUGAUUCUGAUCCUGUGAAUCCCAAUUGUUUUCUUCCUCCUCUGUCACCUGUUGUCACGAGUCAUUUGGAUGAUUUAUUUUGCUUAAUUCAAGAGAAAGAAAGCAAACUCGAUGACAUAAUUUCUAUCAUUCUCCAAACAUGUCUUGGUGAAAACGGGAGUUGCCCAUUGUCUAUCUAUAAUUAUGCUCUUCUGGUGAACUGUGACUUCAAAUUAACAAGACGAACGGUGUCGAAACAAAAUGGGAUUAGAGGUUCAAAAAAGGCUUCACGGAAGGGUUCACGAGCACGACAGCAUUUUGUUGAGAAGUUCUCCUGUAAAUCUCCAGUAUAUCAUAACUGUAGGAUUUAUGCAGACGAUGGACGUUUGCUUUGUUAUUGUGACCGGAGAAAGCUCGAAUGGUAUCUCCGCCGAGAUUUAGCAAAGCUUGUUGAUGAUGAUCCUCCUGCCAUAAUGCUACUUUUCGAACCUAAGGGCCGCCCGGAGGAUGAAGACAAUGAUUUCUACAUCCAGAGCAAGAGAAAUAUCUGUGUCAGCUGUGGUGAAGGGGGUCACUACUUACGGUAUCGAGUAAUACCUUCAUGCUACAGAAUACACUUCCCUGAGCAUUUGAAAAGCCACCGUUCUCAUGAUAUCGUCCUACUUUGUGUGGACUGUCACGAAGUUGCUCAUGCUGCUGCUGAGAAGCACAAAAGGAAAAUCGCUAUCGAGUAUGGCAUACCACUGUUUGUUCGUAAAGUGGUGGAUUCUAAAGAAGCCUCCACAGCAAUACCUGAAUCAGCUUCAUCGAUAGGCAAUGUGGAGGAGGAAGGUGUGUCUCCCUUACAACUGCGAACAGCUGCCAUGGCCCUUCUGCGUCAUGGGAAAGGAAUGCCACCCAAGCGAUAUGAUGAACUGAGACAGAUUGUGAUGCAAUACUAUGGGGGAAGAGAAGUGUCACAAGAAGAUUUGGAAAAGGCUUUGAUGGUUGGAAUGAGCCCUCAUGAGAGAAGACGGUUUCAGAAAAAAAGGGGUGCAUCUUCACAACUUCCUCUUGGGGAUCUUCAGGCGGAACAAGUAAACCACUAUAAUUCAGCCUGUAAAAUGGAACCACUUCUCUUACAAAAGGAUCAAGACUUUCUGGCUGAGAAAGACGCUGACGAAAGCAUGGGAAUGGUCUCUGCUGCUACUGUUGCUGAGAAGGUGAACCCUGACGAAAGUGACGGUUCUAACAGAAGAGAUAUUGACAUUGAAAAUACUGACGUCAUCCAGUCCAUCAGUGCAUCAAAUGGGGCAGGAGAAGAUUCAAUUUAUUCAUCUAAGAACAACUCCAAAUUAUCUCUGCUUGGACAUGGGCCCCAUGGGAAACAAGUCGUUGAGCUUAUAAUGAAGGAGGAAGGAGAGGAAGGCAUCGGCCAGUUUUGCCAGAGAUGGAGGCAAGUCUUCGUGGAAGCACUGAACCCUCGGUUCUUACCUGGAGGGUGGACUGUGAUGCACAGUGGCAGAAGGGACUUUGGUGAGUUCAGUGUGUACAAUCCUGCCAAGAAAGUUCCAGGCGCCUAA